CCAGUAAAAGGACGUCUAUUUAUUAUACUGGCCCCAGACGCACGCGUCCAAGUCCUAGAGCCUGUGGAAUGGGCCGAGCCUCUGUUUUGGGUGCAAGCCAGUUGACUGCAGGCUCAGCUUUGAACUCUCAGAAAUCCGGUGCCUAUGAUCCCUUACAAACAGUGGUCGGUAGACAAGGAAAUCAAGAAGAAGAGAACGAACCUAUGGUGGGUUUGGGAGCCAGACAGUUCCCAACAGGACAACCUGAACCAGGCCUCCAGACUGCGAGUAACAAUCCUCUGUUGACACCCGGGCGAAAACUGGUGUCAAGUGCCCAGCCUUCCUCUGCCAGAGAUCAGCCAAGUUGGGCAGAAAUUUUCACACCUCAGCGUAGCGCUCGCGUCCAGGAAUCUGCAAUACAAGCAACUCGUCUGCAACCUUCUCUCGAACCAUUGCGAACUCCUGCAAAACAGCAGGGUCCUCAGGAGGAUAUUUGUACGCCACAAAGACUACUACUUGAAACCCAAAGCGCCGCUAUAGCACAAGAGCAUGUUCGCUCGACUUUUGCAAAUUCCUCGUCUUCUAUACGGCAGCCGUUAGUUGAAUUUAAGCAACAACACAGUGCCUUGACCGUAGAUUUGCAGCGCAAUCAUGACACCAUGGCAACACCCGCCCGUCAAUCUCAGACUGGUUCUCAGGGUCCUAGAUCAGACCUUCCGCCGGAAUGUUCCCACGUCCCUGGUCCUAGUUUCCAGCUCCCUGCGAGAACUUUCACCACCCCAGUGCAACAAGGUGCUCUUGUUUCCCAGUCUUUCAGCUCGGACCAGCCACCGCUUUGGUCAGAGAUUUUUACUCCACAGCGAGUUACAAGACAAAACGUUGCUGCUCAAAACAUGGCAGCUCAUUCCUUCAACGAUCCCUUAGUUACCCCUCUGAGGCAAAAUUUGCCAGUGACCGAGGACCCUAGUUCAACUCACCGACAGCAACAUCCAAUAGCAGACGUCUUUACCUCCAAGCAAGGUGGAGAUGCGAUCCAAGACCUCGGACCCAGGCUUCGAUGUUCCACGGUUCAAAUUACCAGUUUCCAGCCCGCCGUCGAUACCACCCAGGACUCUUGUUCAAUGGACGAGUUCUUAACACCUCAGCGGAAAGAUGGCUCUGGAAAGGAACUUUUCAAACUCACUACAGUAGAGGAAGAGGACGAUGUCGCAUUUCUAGAACGUCAAGCACUCGAAGAUCUAGGCCUGCUUAAAAUCACCGACGAGUUUCACAAAGACUCAGUUGCUGCCUCGUGUACCACGAUUCAAGAGAACAGUGAUGUUAUGCCCUCGCUGUUGUUUAACACUUGGGUGGAUUCGUCCAGAAGUGUGGCACAUGAGAAAAGCACCUUGCAGUCGGUUACAAUACACCGGCCAGCGGAAGGCGUUCUUGAUCCGUCCAGAUCUUCGUGUAAUGCAACAUCGACGAGUAUCAACCAACACUCGAGCUUUGAACAAUGCCCAAGCUACUCUCCGGCAGUGCGAUUUGCGCUCCCUAAGCCCUCAAAAGAGUCUAGGACAAACAUCUCCAAUACUUUGCACACGAGCUCUUUUACGUCGAGAGAAAGGGAGCUAGUGACCUCUAGAGAGGCACCUCCGAUACCUUUCAAUUCCACUCCUUCAUUUAGCCGCCAAGGUGUAUCUGAAAAUAGCGCUCCUCUCGUCGAAAGAACUGGUACAUGGAGUACACCUCGUCAACGUUCUUCAUUUACAAAGUACUCAAAGAUUAAUCCAGCCCCCCGCAUAGCGCCCAUACCACUGAAGGUGUCACAUCGUGCGGAUACAUCCAGAGAACCUCGCAUUACUUCUGCUUCAAGCACAAGUCCUGUGGAAAGCCCAGCGUCCACAAGUAAGGAAGUAACUUCAAAAGGACCAGACAAUCGUCCAGUUCAGGUCGUGUCACCGACUCCAAAAGUACACGUUUAUAAACACGUCCCAUCUGACAACAGGAGUCUUUCCCUUAGGUCGGCAGUGUCGUCUUUGAAUCCUGGCGGCGUUACUCAGAGGACCGUACCAUUCAGUGGUGGGGCUAACGCACAAUUUCGCUGGGAACCGAAUGGUCCCGAGAUUAUUCCAAGUGCCUUUCGACCAACGACUUCGGCGUCCCGUAGAUUACCGAAAACUUUGGCUCAAGAUGCGCUACUCGAUAUGGAAGUUUCUGUUUACAUGACGGCUGGUCAUGACCGCGUGGUAGCAGCGGGGGACUGGCACCACAGGCCGAUGAAUCCGCUGGCCAAAGUGUUUUCUGAGGGAGAUUCAAUGCACUUCCUGCCAAUUUGUGUACAUCAAUCGCUGUAGUAUCCAGCAGCUGUUUGUGAAUCUUGCUGUUUCUAUUCAAAACUUCGCGUGUUAGUCUGCUAUUAAUGUUGGGAGUCGAGUCAUUGCUUAGUUCAUCUUUCAAAACUUGAUACCAGUAGGUUCGUUUCGUGAAAAACUUGCUUUGAAGGGAAGCUUCUUGGGUUAGUAUUCCAUGUAUGACCCCGACCUAUGAAUGACCCCAACCCUAACCCUAAUUAUUAAUUUCAGAGUUACGGGGUUGAUCAUAGAUAUUCAGGACGUUUCAUGGGGUCAUGCAUGGAAUUCUGACCGCUUCUUGGAUGGUUCCUAAAGUCCGCUGUCUAGUUUAGCCUCAGUUUCUAGUCUCCCGGAUGA